AUGGGGAAGGUGUGGAAACAAACCACGAGACAGACAAAUCAGACACAGGUGACAGAAUUCUUCCUUCUGGGACUCUCUGAUGAUCCACAUACCCAGCAGCUGCUAUUCAUCUUAUUCCUGGGUGUUUACCUCAUCACUGUGCUUGGAAAUCUGCUUCUUAAGUCCCUUGUUCAGGUUGACUCCCUGCUCCACACAUCCAUGUAUUUUUUCUGCAGUUUAUCUCUGGCUGACCUCUGUUCCUCUACCAUCAUUGUUCCUCAGGCCCUAGUCCACCUGCUCUCCAGGAAGAAAGUUAUUUCAUUCACACGUUGUGCAGCUCAGAUUCUACUAUUCCUUAUUUUGGGGGUCACACAGUGUGCCUUUCUGGCAGUGAUGUCUUAUGAUAGGUACAUGGCCGUCUGUAACCCUUUGCAUAACCCCAGCAUCAUGACUUGGAGGCUAUGUGUCCAGCUGGCUGUGGGAUCAUGGACCAGUGGCAUUCUGGUGUCUGUGGUGGAAACCACCUUCACACUAAGGCUCUACAGAGGCAGCAAUAGCAUUGCUCAUUUCUUUUGUGAGGCACCUGCACCGUUGAUCCUGGCAUCCACAGACACCUGGACUUCAGAGAUGGUCAUUUUCCUCAUGGGCAUUGUGAUUCUCCUUAUACCUGUUGCCCUAAUUCUGGUAUCCUAUGGCUGUAUCGUAGUGACUGUGGUCAGGAUGAAGUCAGCUGCAGGGCAGCUCAAGGCAUUCUCUACCUGUGGCUCCCACCUCAUGGUGGUCAUCCUUUUUUAUGGGUCAGCAAUUGUCACCUACAUGAUACCAAAGUCUUCCAAAGAACUGAAAAAACUGUUGUCUGUGUUCCAUGCAAUGGUGACCCCCAUGGUUAAUCCCCUCAUCUAUAGUCCGAAGAAGAAGGAUGUGAAGGGAGUUCUGAGGAGAGUGGCCACAAGAAAUUUUCCAUGCAAGAUUGGAGUUUGCCACUGA